UGCUCCACUAACUUUACUUAAUAUUAUGAGUUCAAUCCCCUAUUCCAUAUUGUUUCUAUUGUUCACUAAGGCUGGUUAAGUUGUUGAAGGAGCAAAGAAACAUGUUCACUCGCGUUUCCAUAUGUAGAAUACAGACCCGUUCGUAUUAUCACUUUACUAACACUUUGCCAGGUUCUAAUUCAACGUGUACGAAGUGGCCUUUAAUACUAAAUAAUAUAAAUAACGGUAAUUUAUUGGUCCAACCACUCAGGUUAAAAGUAAGCAACAGUGGCGGGGGAAGAGAUGGCCAUGGUAAAAUACGAAAACUGUGGAAUACUAUCUUUGGAAAAUAUUUGUUGCUUACAAACAUUGUGGGAUCAGGUAUUCUAAUGGUCGUUGGGGAUGUUGCGGCGCAACAAAUCGAGUAUCGUCGUAAAAAAGACAACAGUGUCCAUCGAUUUGAUUUGCAACGGAUAGGUCGAAUGUUCAUUGUUGGAGCUCUGCAGGGCCCCCUGCACCAUUACGUCUACAAUUGGAUGGAUAAAGUAAUGCCAGUAGCGAAUUUACGGAAUGGUAAAAAAAUUCUUAUAGACCAAUUAUUCAUGUCGCCAAUAUGUAUUUUCAUAUUUUUCUACUCGGCAUGCUACUUGGAGAGGAAAACUUUGGCAGAGACCAACGACGAGUUGCGAGACAAAUUCGCAUUCAUCUACUGCAUGGACUGGCUGUUGUGGCCAGGCGCACAAUAUGUUAAUUUCCGUUACUUAGAUACCAAAUAUCGUGUAACGUUUGUUAAUGUUUGUACAGCAUUAUAUAAUAUUUUUAUGUCAUAUGUUAAGCACGAUUAUUAAAGUAUGUUAUGUAUGAUGGCUCGGAAAACUGUAUGUAUGUAUUUAUUUACAUUGAGAAGCUAUCUUUAAUUGUUUAACAACUACUGCCACAUUGAGUGUGGAUUAAAGUUCAAAUGUUAUCGAAUCAAGUACCUAAUUAGCUUUACUUUAAGACAAUUUGCAAAUUGAGGCACACAUCUGUUUUUAUUAUUGUUUAGAUAAUUUAGUUAUUAUUUAUAUUGACAAAUAUAGUUAAUAAUUUAGAAAAAUUAAAACUGGUUCAUUUCAACAUCAAAUAAAGAAUGCAUCAAACGCA